AUGGGGGCCAAGAUCCACACUCUCAUCGAGAAGCCGUUUGGGCCGUACCCGCAGUAUCAAAUCUUAGCGGACAAGUGGCAGCCCAGCUCGACCAAAAUCCCGACGCUGACCGACGUGUUCUUGUACGCGAACGGCCGCGUGAUAGGCCUUGACGACACCGAGGUGCUCUACCCCCCUCCGGCCAGCGUCCCUCACCCCGCGAAAUCCGACAUCCAAUGGUACGGAGUAUUGACUGUUGACAAGCUCAAAUGGCUCUCCGACCAAGGCCGCGCAUGGCUUGAAGCGGACCUCCAGAAGCGAGACAUUGACCUCCACAUCAACAAGGCAAGCAGCGGUCUUACUCUAGACGCGCUCUACGGCAGCAAGAAAGACGAAGGCCUGAAGAUUCGUGUCUAUCUGCAAGGCGAGAAACACGCGUCGAUCACCUAUUUUGUCGACAAUGUACACCCCACGAAGAUGAUAUUGACCUCAAGAUUGUAUAGACCUGCAACAAGACCCACAGAUGCCAUCCAGCGGCGCUACAUCGUCGAGUCGCUGGAUAUCGACAUGAUACCAACGAGCCGCAACUUCCUCGCACGCUACCAACUCCUCGCGAGCAUGGAACAUAUCGUCUCGACGGACCCCAGCCCACCCCCGCGCGCACUGCGUGACAUCGAGUAUUGGAUCAGUGGCUAUCUGCGCUGCAGACCCGCCAUCGAGCAGCACCGGCGCUACAUCUUCGCUCCACCAGACGACGACGCCGACGACGCCGACGACCGUGACGAUGACCCCAACCACGAUCCCAACCCCGGCGAACCCACGACGCCGCGCUACCUCCGGCACCUGCACCGCUGCACCGUCGCCGGCAUGUUCGCCGCGCAGGCGGAAUGGAUGCUUGCGCAGCAGCUCGGCCCGCAGCCCGAGAGACGCAUCGUCGAUCUCAGGGUGUGGUACGCAUUCUGCGCGGAGGUGCGUCACAUAAGGUCGAAGGUGCCGGAGAGCGGGGGCUGGGGGCGGCCGUAUGGGUACAAAGAGAAAGAUGCGGAUAAUGGGAAGACACUGAAGGAGUUCAUACAGAAGAAGUUCUUUGUCCCGGAUAGCAGGAUCAAGCGACUCGAGAAGGCGUGCAAGAAAUCGAGCACGCUGCCGACUAGGACCCCAACACCCGAACGCGAAGACACACGUCCCUCGCCCGUCGCUCUGCAGCACCACUACGACUCGGACUUCACCGACAACCUCUCCUCCUCCUCCGAAGCCUCGGAUCCCGACUCCACCUCCAUCACCUCUAUCCCCAUGGCCGACCUUGCCUCUGUCCCCGCAUUCUGCUUCACCCGCCCCUCCCUGCCUGCUGGCAUCUUUUUCUGGAAAUGCCCGGGCCACGGGUGCGACUUCCGAUUGGAUCUGAUGCACCCCGACAAGUCGUCCGCGACGAUUGACCCGCGCCAUAUCGCGUGGCUGAAGAACCCGCAGAGCUGGCGGAAUACGGCGGAACCGCGCCUGCGAGAACGGUUCGACGCGAUCGUGAGCGCGCACUACCUACAGCAUAUCAGGGCAGUUGAUUUGGACUAUGAGAUUGUGCUCGAGGCACAGAGAAUUACGUUUUCUAGGAAACGGGCACCGACCCCCGAACGCACGCCGCCACCACCACCGCGUAAGAAGAUCAAGGUCGAGGAAGUUGAACCAACCACCCACUAUCCGCGCCUCUCCCGCAGUAGGCAAUCGUCCAAUCGUCCAACACCCGGCGCUAGUCGUGUCUUUAUCCGUUGA